AUGUACAUUGUUACCCUAAAGUUCUAGGCUAAAGAAAAGCGACUGCGAAGAGACGCUUCUCGACAAAGUAAUUGGCGCAAUGAAGGCGAUCUCAAACUCCUUCAGGCAGACGACAUCGAGGACGACGAAGUGGAAGAGGAGAAUGAGGAUGAGUCGCCUUUCCUGUCAAAGACGAAGACAUUGUCUAUGCAUUCACAACCGCAACCCCACGAGUCGUCUAUCCUCGCCACUGGCAGCAGUGUUGACAGUGGAGCUGAGAGUGAAGGCGAACUCUCUAACUCAUCUAUUUCACAUGGUCAACAACAAUCGGAGACAACUGAUCACACCGCUCUUCAGCAUUCACAGGCAUUUCGAAAUCCCAUAAUCACUUGGAUUCCGCACCCCACAGACAUGGGCUGUCAGGAGGCGUUUGCAAGGACCACAUUUUGCCAAUUCCAGCACUCCCACAUUUCCAAGUCACAAGUCUUCCGCUGA